AGACAGCCCCCCUUUCUCGGCCCGGCCAUCUUGUGGGAACAGCUGAAGCAGGCGCUUUUGGCUCGGCGCGGCCCGCUGCAAUCCGUGGAGGAACGCGCCGCCGAGCCACCAUCAUGCCUGGGCAUUUACAGGAAGGCUUCGGCUGCGUAGUCACCAACCGAUUCGAUCAGCUAUUUGACGACGAAUCGGACCCCUUCGAGGUGUUGAAGGCAGCAGAAAACAAGAAAAAAGAAGCCGGCGGGGGCGGUGUUGGGGGCCCUGGGGCCAAGAGCGCAGCUCAGGCCGCAGCCCAGACCAACUCCAAUGCGGCAGGCAAACAGCUGCGUAAAGAGUCCCAGAAAGAUCGCAAAAACCCACUGCCGUCCAACGUUGGCGUGGCUGACAAGAAAGAGGACACGCAGCCGCCAGUGGCGCUUAAGAAAGAAGGAAUAAGACGUGUUGGAAGAAGACCUGACCAACAACUUCAGGGCGAAGGGAAAAUAAUUGAUAGGAGACCAGAAAGGCGACCACCUCGUGAACGACGAUUUGAAAAGCCACUUGAAGAAAAGGGUGAAGGAGGAGAAUUUUCAGUUGAUAGACCGAUUAUUGACCGGCCUAUCCGAGGCCGUGGUGGUCUUGGAAGAGGUCGAGGAGGCCGAGGACGUGGAAUGGGCCGAGGAGAUGGAUUUGAUUCUCGUGGCAAACGAGAAUUUGAUAGGCAUAGUGGAAGUGAUAGAUCUUCUUUUUCACAUUAUAGUGGCCUGAAGCACGAGGACAAACGUGGAGGUAGCGGAUCUCACAACUGGGGAACUGUCAAAGAUGAAUUAACAGAGUCCCCAAAAUACAUUCAGAAACAAAUAUCUUAUAAUUGCAGUGACUUGGAGCAAUCAAAUGUGACUGAGGAAACACCUGAAGGUGAAGAACAUCCAGUUGCGGACACUGAAAAUAAAGAAAACGAAGUUGAAGAAGUAAAGGAAGAGGGUCCAAAAGAAAUGACUUUGGAUGAGUGGAAGGCUAUUCAAAAUAAGGACCGGGCAAAAGUAGAAUUUAAUAUCAGAAAACCAAAUGAAGGUGCUGACGGGCAGUGGAAGAAGGGAUUUGUUCUUCAUAAGUCAAAGAGUGAAGAGGCUCAUGCUGAAGAUUCGGUUAUGGACCAUCAUUUCCGGAAGCCAGCAAAUGAUAUAACAUCUCAGCUGGAGAUCAAUUUUGGAGACCUUGGCCGCCCAGGACGUGGUGGCAGGGGAGGACGAGGUGGCCGUGGACGUGGUGGACGUCCAAACCGUGGCAGCAGGACUGACAAGUCGAGUGCUUCUGCUCCUGAUGUAGAUGACCCAGAGGCAUUCCCAGCUCUGGCUUAACUGGAUGCCAUAAGACAACCCUGGUUCCUUUGUGGACCCUACUUCUCUGAGGUUUUGCAUGCUUAAGGAUCCCAACCAAGAAGUUAAAAAAAAAAAAAAAAAAAGACUGUCAUUCAUACCAUUCACACCUACAGACUGAAUUUUAUCUGUUUUGAAAAUGAACUUCUCUUGCUACAUGGAAGUAACAAUAUGGUAGUCAGUUUUGUAUUUAGAAAUGUAUUGGUAGCAGGGAUGUUUUCAUAAUUUUCAGAGAUUAUGCAUUCUUCAUGAAAAUUUUGUAUUGCUGCUUGCAAAUAUGCAUUUCCAAACUUGAAAUAUAGGUGUGAACAUGUGUACCAGUUUAAAAGCUUUCACUUCAUUUGUGUUUUUUAAUUAAGAAUUUAGAUGUUCCCCCAGUUACAGACUGGUUUUAAAUAUUGGACAUAAUAUCAGUUUUAGUACCUGCUUUGCAUUUACACACAUGGUCAACUGGGACAUGUAAACUCUUGAUUGUUAAAAUUUAUGCUGUGUGGAAUACUAAUGACUUUAUGUAUUUUAACUUAGUUUUAAUAUUUUCAUUUCUGGGGAAAUCUUUUUUCACUUCUCAUGAUCGCUGUUAUAUGCUAAAUCUUUAUAUACAGAAAUAUGACUUGAACAAAUUCAAAGCACAUUGGUUUAUUAAUCCUUCUUGCAUGGUUCAUUAGGUUCAAAUUAUAAUUGACAAUUGGAACUAUAUUUUAAAAUGUGUGAAUUUCCCAUUUUAAAAACCAAACUAGUUUCCUUACUGUCUAGUAGUAAGAUGUUUAAGCUACUUAUGGUUGAAGAACAAACACAUCCUGUCAGGUAAAGUAGUCUUACGAGUGUUGGGCUUUUCCUCCUCCAGCAGGGUGGGUGUAACAAAGUUGAUUUGGCUAAUGCAUGAUAUUUAAACUGCGUCUGGCCACUUGGUAUGAUUUGUGUGUGUGGAAAGGUCCCAAAUCAAAGUUGUACACCCAUAAUCAAUGACUCUUCAACCCUUCCUGUUCUAAAGAAACCAAAGGGCACUGGUUAGUAUGGUGAGAUGCGGGAAUGUGUUAAUAUUUGGAAUUUGGAAAGCAGACAGCUUUACUUUAUAAGGUUGGAACAGCAGCACCAUCCAUGAAAUAUAAACCAAAAAUCUUACUGUUUCUGAAUUUCCUGUAUUGCUAUUAGUUUUGGACUGUUCCACAGGUGAUAAGUAUCUUUUACCUCUUCCUCUAUUAGAAAAUUAGGUUAAUAAUGGAUUCCUGAAUGGGAGCAGCAGUGCACUUAGUAAAACAUACAUAGAGAGAAUGAUCAAUAAACAGGUUUUCUAGGAUUUUAUUUUCUGCAAUAUUUAUUGAUAAGCAGAAAAAGGAAUUUUACUUAGAGGUUGAAAAACUUUGUCACUCAUUAAUUUUCAGUAGUUUUCUACUUGUGUGUGGUAAUGUCCAGUUUUUAAAAUAUUGAAAAUCUUAUAUCAUUAAAUGUCUGCUGUUUGCUGAUUAGUUCUCUCGGUAUACUUCUAAAAGAGCAAUUGUACAGUACAAAAGUUAAUCAGUUGAAAUAGAUUUAUUAAUCUAGUUACCUACCAGUUUGACAUAUAUUAGGAAGGAGGUAAUUGGUUUUAAAUGAUAAAUAACUUGUGUUGGUGUUUUGGAUCUUAUGAUGCUGAGCAUGUUCUGUACUGGUGCUAAUGUCUAAUAUGAUUUUAUAUUUACAAACAUACCUGCUACCCAGAGGCAAGUAUUAAUUUAAUCCAUGUGGACUUUUGACCCCUCCUAAUAGGUUAGUAUGUUUGGACUUUUAAGUAUCUUAACUCAUUUCUGGAUGUGUAAUAUGUUUAUAAACCUCUUAAUUUCUAGCAACAUAUAGAAAACACCUAUUAAAAACACUUCACAAGUUCCACUCACUGUCAGCCAUUGCUGGCAUUCUGUCACUAGAGACUACACAGCAAUAUCUGAUAUGUUGCAAGCUUUCAAGAUAGCUUGAACUUUAAAAAGUUGGUCCAUUAGUUGUAUCUGGUGGAUGUAAAUUUGCCUCCUAGUUCACUUUGUGUCAAGAUCUAAAACUGUGAACCUAACUUUCUUUUAUUGGUGGGUAAUGACUGAAAAUAAAGAUUUUAUUUUCAUGCUCACUUCUUAAAAGUCAUAAGAACAAUGAAAUAGGAGCCCAAUUAUCGUCAUGUGUUUUUCUGACGUGUGUGUGUGCACCCCAAAGAUAAUGCUCACAUUUCAUUUUUCCUCUAACGCUUAGAUUUUGUGUGUGUGGGUUUUUGUUAAACUAUGCUGUAUAAGCUCAUUUGGGAAGGAUGCCUGUUUUAAUGAGUAUUAGAGUUAGAAAGUUGAAUUCUUACAAAAUGACUUGCAAGGACUGAUCUUAAAAGUAGCAGUACUCUUCGAUUACAUUUAGAUUACAUUUUGAAUGCGGGGGUUAAUGACUUGAACGCCACUGUUUUCAAGGUGGGGAGGGCGCUAAACGCUAUUAAUACUUUAAAGAAAAAUCCCUUAAUGGGAAUAAUGCCAGAAUUUAUUUAAGAUAUUUUCAGUUUGUAUUGAAAUGAUUGGGAUAUGGUUUCUUUUUAGUUAAAUAACUAUUUUGAGACCUGUGGGGAUUUGUGAAAGAUUUAAAAAUGUGUCAUUAGGUACUGUACAUCUAGUUACUUUACUCAUUUUUAUUUUAAAAGUGGAAGUAGGACACAUCAUCUCCAGGGUUGUUGACAUAUUUGGGGCUUAAUUUUUGGCAUGGGUUUGAAGGGAGUACAUUAAGUACUCAUUUCUGAUAUUUUUCUAAUUGCUAGAGAAGGUCACACUGAAAUAGAAAAAUGUUAUUAGGGAGUUGCAUACAAAGUCUAAAUAUUACAUAUAUUGGGCCAACAAGUAUUAAAAGGUUAAAAAAUUUUUUAAGGAGGAAUGUGAAACUGCUAGAACCUGGACAUUUAUCCCUGUAUUUAAGUAACUGGUAUAACUAUUCUCAGGCUCUCAGGUGCAUGUAACUCUGCUUUUUAAAGAAAGUAAACAGUUGCUUAGAAGAUAGACUUUAACCCAGAUAUUUGUAAUUCUGCUGAAAUUAACAUGUAAAUUAAAUUAGUAUUUGUGGAGUCUGAAUCUUAAAAGCCAGAUCUCCAAUUUAUCUUUAGAAAGCCCAGAACUUGAUCACCAUUAUGCUUUGUAGAGUAUAUCUAGUGACAAGGCAGUAAAAUGAUUUCUAGUCAAACCCCAGACAUAGUGAAGUAAUUAACAUCAUUUGCAGAACUGUCGGGUUUGAUUGAGGUAUAGAGUUAAGUGUCUGCUUUCAGGAGUUCCGGGUUCAGUUGCUUUUUGCUCAGCCUGAGUUUGACCUUGGACAUGUUCUCUCAAGUUGAGAAUCUUAAAGGUAGAAAAGUGGGAAGUUUAUAGGAGAAAUGAUUGAAAUAACUUUCAAGCUGAGAAAGGGGUUCACUAAAGAACCGUGAAAGAAGAGUUGUAGUUUAAGGGAUUAGAAACUUAAUUUCAGAAAGUAAUUCAGAUAUGAAGGUAUAUUAAAGCCAUCAAGAUUGUUCCCACGGAAGAAAGUAAUAGAGUGGAAAUUAAUGUCAUUUAAGUAGGUACUAUAUCAGAGCUAGGGGUCAGCAGCUUGUGGCUCAUUUUUGUACAGGCCCUGAGCUAAGAAUGGCUUCUAGAUUUCUAAAGGGUUAAAAACAAAACUCUAUUACAAAGAUGUAUGUAGCCCACCAAGCUUAAAACAUGGCCCUUUACAGAAAAUGUUUGCUGAAUCCUGAUGUAAGCUAUCGAUCACUCUUAGGUCAACGGGAGUUCUUUUAAAAUAAAAGUUUUAUUUUAGGUACAAAUUAAGUCAUCCUACCCUAUGGGAAGUUGUAAAAUCAGAAGUAUUUUAAAGCAAAUUUUUUGCCUCUUCUAUACUGAGAAUAAGGGCCAAAAUACCUGGUAGUCACCUAGUAAAGAUCAUGUUAUUUUAAGAAAAGAUGAUGUAGCUUGUGACUUAAAUAUGUUCUCAUGAAAACUGUUAAGGAAAGUAUAAAUUUGCAAUAAAAGUAAGCUUUAUGCUGUGAUUAUAGUUUAGUGAUUUAUGGUUAGUGAAUCACUAACACUUCUCAUCACUUAGUGCUAAUAUCUUUUCUGUUGUGAAUAGUUUUUGCAUGAGAAUCUGAACCUUUCGUAUGGGUAAGCUGUUGAUUAACUCCAUAGGUUAAACUGGGACAGGAAUGAAUGGGUUCUGAGGAUCUCAUUCCUCAGCUUUGUUAUCAGAUUAUCCAUUUG